AUGUCCAAACUUAUUACCGUCUUUGGCGCCACCGGUAACCAAGGAGGCUCUGUUAUUCGAGCCAUCCAGGCCAACCCCAAGCUCUCGAAGGAAUUCAAGAUCCGGGGAAUCACCCGCGACGCGAAUAAGCCCGCCGCCAAAGACCUCGCCGCGAAGGGCGUCGAGGUGGUCUCGGCUGACAUGUCUUCUGCAUCGUCUCUCGCCGCCGCUCUCGAAGGAUCUCACACGGUCUUCCUAGUCACCAACUUCUGGGAAUCCCUCUCCAGAGAUGUAGAGGUGUCGCAGGGCAAAGCGGUCGCCGACGCCAGCAAGGCCGCCGGUGUGCAGCAUCUUAUCUUCUCCUCCAUUCGCAACGUCACGGAGAUGAGCAAGGGUCGGUUGACGCAGCUCGCUCAUUUCGACGGCAAGGCCGAGAUCGAGGAUUACAUCCGGGCCAGUGGCGUGCCUGGCUCCUUUGUGCUGGCGGGAUUCUUCAUGUCGAACACUUUUGAGAUGAUCAACAAGCAAGGCGAUACGUACACUCUAGCGUGGCCUGUUGAUCCUCGCAAGGCGCAAAUUCCCGUGUUUGAUGUCGGAGACGAUACUGGCAAAUUUGUCAUUGCGGCCAUUAACCGCGGACCCUCAAAUGAGCGGAUUCUAGCGGCCACUGAGUACUACACACCUGAGCGUCUCAUGGCUGAGUUCUCUGAAGUUACUGGGCACAAGGCGCAGGCUGUGCAGAUUCCCAGCGAGGUGUUCAAGAGCUUCCUGCCUCCCCCUGUGGCGGAGGAACUGAACGAGAAUAUACUCUUGCUGGAAGACCCGGGAUACUAUGGUGGCGAGAGCUUGGACACCUCCCAUGCACUGUUGGACCAGAAGCCAACGGGUUGGAAGGAGUUUGUGCAGCGGAACAAGAGCAAGUGGCCUUGA